AUGCUUUCCUUGAUUAAAUUUACAAACACUGGAUGCCAGUUUUAUGUCUGGGCAAUUCUAGUCUCCUUGGUUUUAGCUCUGGUUAUAUCACUGAUCUUCAAUGUUUCCCACUAUCUGGAAAAGCAGCGACAAGGUAAAAUAUACAGGUACUCUGAAGACUACAUUCCCAGGGAGGAUGAGUAUUAUGCUGAAGACAUACCAAUAUAUGGUAACUUAGAUAAUGUGGUGGUCCCAGAACCAACGGAUGAAAAUUGCUAUGAACAAAUGAAAGCCCGCCCAGAGAGAUCUGUGAAUGAACUGCAAGAAGCCACCCCACCCGCACAGGCAAUCAAUGAAACACAGAUGUUUUACGCCCAACUGAAUCACAACUAUGAAGGGAAGCGCAGAAAGCCCAGGAAACAAAAUACUCAUUUGUCAGAGAAGAAUGGAGAGGAACUGUUACAUGGAACAAAUGCCGGCCUUCCUAAGACUAGCCUGGUAGACAGUUUCCCACCUGACAGCCAGGCAGUAGAGGAAAACAUUCAUGAUGAUCCUAUUAGACUGUUUGGAUUGAUUCGUGCAAACAAAGAACCUAUAAACUAG